AUGUCGACGCCCUUUGCCACAAACGACCCCCAGGCCGGCGAGCAGGGCCCGACCAAGGAGGUGACAUUCGCGGAGUCCGCUGGACAGGUGGAGCAGCAGCAAAAUAGUGGCAUAAAAAGGGAGCAAUCCGGAUUCAAUCUCGUGGCGAGCCCCAGCGGCGCCAACCUGUUUGUAGAGGCGGCCAAGGAGUACGACCCGCUGGAGCAUCACCGCCCGCGCAACAAGGAGGCCAACAAGGGCGAGGGCCUGGGCUUCAUGUUCUCCUGCUUCACCUGCUGCGGCGCCCCGGCUGUCAAGGAGUCCGCGGCCACUGCGGAGCGUCACUACAGCCUUCCUCCCUCGGCGAGCGCGGCGGACCUGGGCAACAAGACUCAGUGA